AUGGCUACCCCAAGCCCCCCAAACCUCUCUAAAACACUUUCCGACAAGGCCAGCAACCUUCUCAAUAAGGUCAACGAUGCUCAAUCCAUCUUCAACCCAGUUACCCAACUCCUAGAUACCUACCUAGGCUCUGAGGAAGUCCGCGCUCUCCCACCGAGCCCCAAGCCCUCUUACAUUCAGAAAGCCUCUACUCCAAUCAUUGCCCUCACAAACAAGAUUCCCUCCAAUAACCGCUUAUUCAUACAAAUCAACCAAAUACACCCAGCCCGAAGCGCUGGAUCUUUUGUAAUCCUCACAGCCCUAAAGAAAGUCCUCGGACCAAACGCCUCCCUUUUAAGGGAGGUCCAAAAGGUCAAAACAGGCUUCGCUCUCUGUACCAGCUCAACAACCAAUUUAUUAGCCCUUGAAAAACAGAAAGCCAUUAUAUCAUCCGCAAUCGGAGACUGCAAAAUUGAGGCCCAAGAGAAAUGGACCAUUUACCGUCUAAACUACGUCCCCAAGGAAAUCACUAUCUUCAAUGAUCAAUUCAAAAUAGACUCUAUUUUAAUUACAAAAGAUACAAUCUCCAACACUAUAAAGGAAUACUCUGAUCAGAUAGUAAGCUUCAAAACAGGAGCAGAACCACUCAAAAAGAACCUGAAGAUUCUAGGGGCCAACAUCAGCAUAUCCCUUCUAAUACAAAAACCAAAGAUCACUCAAUGUAAUUGUUGCUUUCAAUGA